AUGGAGACAACCCGCAGCAUUCAUCCCAACCAGCAAAAGCUCAUCGACCGGGCUCGAGAAUUCUUGGCCGAAGUUGAAGACUUAACUCCGGGCAAAGAUCUUGAAGCGACACUGAACCGAGACUACGGUCCUGGAAACCCAUACUAUGAUGACUUCUGCCACCUAAUUCGACAAGCUCUCGAGAACGACGAAGGUUGGGUGGCAAUCGACGAGAUAGAUGGUCCAAAGUAUCGUCGCACAAGGAUCAGUCCUCCGUCUGAGUUGAACCGUCACUUUAGCAUUACGACCGUUUACAUGGACAGCCAAGAAGAAUAUCGCGGCCAGUACCACCUCCACCCAUACGGCGAACUCAACUGUGUCGUUCAGUUGGAUUCAUCAGCCGAGUUGAUGGGAAUGUCCGGGUGGCAAGGCUCCGGUUGGACUUCGCCAGGUCCCGGGACUCAUCACUAUCCAGAGGUCCGCGGAGGCGCCCUGGUGGCUCUCUUUUUCCUGCCGGCCGGCCGCAUAUCCUAUAAGAGAUCGAAACCGGGAGAUCCGCAGCCAAUAGCUAUCUAA